AUCAGCAUAAACAAACGCCAAUAAAAAACUAUCAAACGCUCCAUUUCUCUGUGCCCAAACAUCAUGGCCUUUGGCCUACCUGUUCUUAGAUCCGGAGAUUCUGGGUUUUUUUAACUUGUAUAUAUAUCUUUUAUUUUAACGUGGCACUAGCUCAGAAGACAUGUUUUGGUUCCUCACCGUUGUUCCUCCCUAGACCCAAGUCUCUCUCCCCUGUUCUGCGUGUCACUGGAGUUCGUAGCAUUGUUGUAAUGCCUGUAAAUCCAUGGACCCUCCUCUGCCUCUGCUUUUCUCUUUCACUUCAUCAUUCUUUUCUAGCUUUUGCAGUAAACUCGCAAGGAGAAGCUCUUCUUUCAUGGAAGAGAACCCUCAAGGGAUCCCUGGAGGUGUUGAGCAAUUGGAAUCCAAAUGACAGUGCACCAUGUGGCUGGUCUGGAGUUAGCUGCAACUCCAACAACGAGGUUGUGGAAUUAGAUCUGAGGUAUGUGGAUUUGGUCGGAACACUUCCUUCUAAUUUCAGCUCGUUGCUUUCCCUGAACAAGCUAGUCCUAACGGGAGCGAACCUCACUGGUACGAUUCCGAAAGAAAUAGGCACUCUUGGCCUGCUCGACCUCUUGGACUUAAGCGGCAAUGCCUUGACUGGUGAAAUUCCAAGUGAACUUUGCUUCUUGUCAAAGCUUGAGCAGCUCCAUCUGAACUCAAACCAGCUCGUAGGUUCGAUUCCGAGUGCAAUCGGGAAUCUCACAGAGUUGGCGUUGCUGGUUUUAUAUGACAAUCAACUAGGUGGUGAAAUUCCCAGGACCAUUGGUAACUUGAGGAACCUGCAAGUGAUCAGAGCUGGAGGAAACAAGAACCUUCAAGGCCCCUUGCCACACGAAAUUGGCAACUGUACCGACUUGGUCAUUUUGGGUUUGGCUGAAACUAGUAUCUCAGGUUUUCUUCCUCCAACUCUGGGCCUUCUUAAGAAGCUUGACACUCUUGCAAUUUACACUUCACUUCUCUCUGGCCAAAUUCCUCCCGAACUUGGGGACUGCAAUGAGCUUCAGAACAUUUAUCUGUACGAGAAUUCCCUAUCAGGGUCUAUACCAAGUAGGCUGGGAAACCUUGGAAACCUCAAAAAUCUUCUACUAUGGCAGAACAAUCUAGUUGGCAUCAUCCCGCCGGAGAUUGGAAAUUGCGACCAACUAUCCGUCAUUGACAUUUCGAUGAACUCACUUGUCGGAAGCAUUCCCAAAAGUUUUGGAAAUUUGACGUUGCUAGAGGAACUUCAACUCAGCGUCAAUCAGAUUUCGGGUGAGAUUCCAACAGAAUUAGGAAACUGCCAGCUACUCACUCACGUUGAGCUGGACAACAACCUAAUCACGGGUACAAUACCUUCUGAAUUUGGGAACCUUGGGAAUCUAACUCUACUAUUGUGGCACAACAAGCUCGAAGGAACUAUACCAUCUUCGCUGUCGCGUUGUCAAAAUCUGGAAGCAAUUGAUCUGUCACAGAAUGGAUUGACGGGUUCCAUACCGAAGGGGAUAUUCCUGCUCAAGAAUCUGAAUAAGCUUUUACUACUCUCGAACAAUCUCUCCGGGAAUAUACCCCCUGAGAUUGGGAACUGUACGUCUCUGAUUCGGUUCCGAGCGAGCAACAAUAAAAUCACAGGGAACAUUCCACCAAAUAUAGGAAAUCUUAAGAACUUGAUUUUCUUUGAUCUUGCAAGCAAUCGCAUUUCAGGAUUCAUUCCAGAAGAGCUCUCAGGCAGUCGGAAUCUAGCGUUUCUGGACAUUCAUUCCAACUUAAUAUCAGGAAGCUUGCCGGAAAGUCUCAGCCAGCUAGUCUCACUUCAAUUUAUUGAUGUCUCCGAUAACCUAAUUGAAGGUAAACUAAACCCGAGCCUGGGCUCCCUUGGCGCACUCACCAAGAUCGUUCUCAGAAAAAAUCAUAUAUCCGGAUCAAUCCCGAAUGAAUUUGGUUCUUGUACAAAGCUGCAACUAUUGGACCUUAGUAGCAAUGAACUCUCUGGCAAAAUCCCAGGCAGUCUGGGGAGCAUUCCGGCACUAGAAAUCGCGCUGAACCUGAGCUGGAAUAAGCUCUCUGGUGAGAUCCCUAGGGAGUUCUCGGCAUUGAGCACUGGAAUUCUGGACUUAUCGCACAACAAGCUCACCGGUAGCGUUCAGUAUCUCGAGGACCUUCAAAAUCUCGUGGUCCUCAACAUCUCAUACAACAAUCUCUCCGGUAGCGUGCCAGACAAGCCUUUCUUCUCAAAGCUCCCUCUCAGCGUCCUCGAGGGAAACCCGUCGCUCUGCUUCCCCGGCAACCGAUGCCCAGGAAAUAUUUUCAAACGACCAAUUCGGCGGACAAAGGCGGCGCGUAUAGCCAUGGUGGUCCUUCUGUGUACGGCGUGUGCACUUUUCCUUUCGGCCUUAUACGUCGUCGUCGCAGCAAGAAGACGGGGGUUCCCGGAGGACGGUCUGGACCUCAACGGUAGAGAUAGCGACGUGGAGAUGGGCCCCCCUUGGGUGACACUCUAUCAGAAGCUAGACUUGUCAAUCUAUGACGUGGCAAAAUGCCUAACAGUUGGCAACGUGAUUGGGCGCGGACGAUCCGGCGUCGUUUAUAGAGUGGAUCUCCCGUCGGGAUUAACGAUCGCCGUGAAAAGGUACAGAUUAUCGGAGAAAUUCUCGGCCUCUGCAUUCUCCUCGGAGAUUGCCACCCUAGCAAGAAUCCGGCACCGGAAUAUCGUACGGCUAUUGGGUUGGGCGGCGAACCGGAAAACGAAACUACUGCUGUACGAUUAUUUACCGAAUGGUAAUUUGGAUACCCUCUUGCACGAGGGGUGCACCGGGUUAAUCGAGUGGGAGACUCGGUUCAAGAUAGCAUUGGGCGUGGCUGAAGGCUUGGCUUACCUGCACCACGACUGCGUGCCGGCGAUCUUGCACCGGGACGUGAAGGCGCAUAACAUUUUGUUGGCAGACACAUGCGAACCUUGUUUGGCAGAUUUCGGAUUUGCUAGAUUGGUUGACGACGAUCAAAGUCCUUUUUCUGUUAAUCCACAGUUCGCGGGUUCUUACGGCUAUAUUGCGCCAGAAUAUGGAUGCAUGGUGAGGAUCACAGAGAAGAGCGACGUGUACAGCUUCGGAGUGGUACUGUUGGAAAUAAUAACGGGGAAAAGGCCCGUGGACGCAUCAUUCGGGGAGGAGGAUCAGCACGUGAUAGGGUGGGUGAGACAGAAGCUGAAGAUCAGCAAGACGGACCCAGCGGCGAUUUUGGAUUCUAAGCUUCAAGGCCUUCCAGACACUCAAAUCCAAGAGAUGCUUCAAGCCCUCGGGAUCGCUCUCUUGUGCACCAGUCAGCGUCCCGACGAUCGCCCCGCCAUGAAGGAUGUUGCCGCAUUAUUGAGAGAGAUUAAACACGAUCCUUCCCUCUCUGAUCAGGCCCACAAGCCUGUCGAUUCCAUUCCCCCGAAAACGACGCCUCAGCCCUCGUCGUAUUCCUCGUCCUCCGCCUUGUCCCUGCUUCAAUCCUCUUCCCUUUCAUCCACCUUGCCCGCUGCUUAUUCUUCUUCCACUCUCGCCGUUUAUCACCCACCUGCCGCCAAUAAUUAAUUAUUGUAUUAGCCAUAUGUAGUGUUAGAAUAUUAUUAUUAGAAUUGUAAAGCUUCUUUGACGACUAGUGUAAGCGAGUGUGUUGUUGUGUCGGCCAUUUUAUUUUAUUUUAUUGCGCGAAAGAAACGAUGAGUGUACAGCAACUUGGUACUUAAUUAGUUGGCGUCAUUCCAUUUCUCACCUGCAAGACCAGCCUUGUUGACUUUAUACACUCCUUGAUUGUGCAGUCAUUUUACAAUCGGUCACCUGUCAGGUGAAAGAAAUGAUGUGUGGUAAGAAACAAGAUAUAUCAAUAAUAUUCGAUGAAAAACAAAGAAUAACAUUCCCCAGUA